CCUGACUCAACCAGAGAGAGGUAGGAGUUAAAGUAGAUGUGUCUUGUUGGAGAAGCAGUGCUUUAAUUUGGAACAAUACUUGCUAUAAGUCCUGUGCAGCAGUGAAUGGAUCCCGCACCAUGAUCGAGACUUAGUGCCAUUGAAAGAUCAUGAGCUGGAAGAUUUGUGUUUUAUUUGCGGGCCUGCUGUGGAUUCAUCCUUUUUCCAGUGAAUGCGGUAACCAACAGAAAAAGGAAUUAAAAACAUUUAGAAAAUGCUUAAAUCAGAAGAAAAGCAAUAAUUUUGUUGUUGAAGACAGCGUCAAUUUCUUCACCGAUGCACGAACCGUUUGGAAGAAUGGUAAAGAAUGUACAGGAAACAGGAGCCAGGAUAUGGGAGGUCUUCCAGCUACCAAUAUUGCUAAAGGUGGAAACGUGACUCAGUCCUCCGUGGAUAGGGAGGGUGUCCCCGAAAGAGCCAUUAAUGGAAAUCGUGCCAGCAGAUGGAAAGAAGGAUCCUGUAUACACACAUCACUACAAAUCAAACCCUGGUGGAGACUUGACCUCCUAAAGAGAUAUAAAAUCAACAAUGUCACCAUCACCAACAGAAAACAUUGGCGCCCCAUAAGUAACAAUGGUGCUGAGAUCCGCGUUGGGAAUUCCCUCGAUGACGAUGGCAACGCCAAUCACAGAUGUGCUGUUAUCUCAUCUCUCGCAGCUGGGAGCUCAACAACAUUUGUUUGCAAUGGAAUGGAAGGCCAGUAUGUAAACAUUGUAAUUCCUGGAGAAGAACAAAAACUGACACUGUGUGAGGUGGAAGUCACUGGUCAACCUUCUGGAAACACUGCUCCAACUGGGAAAUGGUUUAUCAAUUGGAUUGAGACGCUUAUAACUGCUAAUAACCGCAAGGAACAUCCCCGUUGCAUUGUAUUUCUGCAAGAAAACACAUCUCAAGCAGAAAUCUUUGAGGAGAAAUUACUCCAAAUAGUUCAACAUAAUGGUUCUCAGCUACUGCUCAUCUCAAAUUGGCAUGCCAAAAGGAAUUUCAAUAUGUUUGUCCUGACAGGAAGGUGCAACACUACAUUAACUCCUAUGAAAGAUUCAAAUCUAAAUUGCACCUACAGUUACACUGGCGAAGGACCUUGCCAGGUUAGAUGUUUCGAGACAAAGAAAAUGUGUAAAAAAACAAGAUAUAAUGAAGAAGUCUGCAGACAAAUUGAUCCAAAUAUCAAUGACAAGUACAUCAUCAACCUCACAAAUCCAAUCGAAAACUGCUUCAAAUGUGAUAAUCCAGAGAAAAAGCCUGAGAAAAAUCUUAAAUGGAAUAAAACGUCAAAAGUAAUUGAAGACGGAGAAAAAGUCGGUGCUGCCCAAGCUGUUGAAAUCAUGAACAACAUGGCCAACUUCAUCACCUCCUUCGAAGGGAAUUCUGCUGCGGUGUCUGUGGCAGAAGGAAUUUCGGGAGUCUUAGUGAAGAAACCGGAUCCCGAGGACAUCGAAGAAAUCAGCUUCGCUUAUAAUUCCCCAAAUGAAAGCAUGAAUAUAGUAGAAAGCAGGGAUGUUCUCGGCAAAUUUUCCAGAAGUGUGUCAGUGUCCAAGGAAGCGUUUGAAAAGACUGCGAGUUUGAACAAAACAGUUCCAUUUGUCGCUCUUUUCCGAUUCAACAAUCUGGCUUCGGAUGAGCUGAACAGCACCGUUUUAGGCAAUGAAGUCCUGGCAGUUGAAAUGGGAACCAACAUCUCCAAUCUCACAGACAAAAUGUCCAUUCAUUUUCGAGACAUUACCUACGAAGGAUAUCCCUCUUGUCAAUCUUGGAAUGGUGAAGGAAGCCGACCAAACUGGACCGAUUACGGGUGUGAGACAAUACAAAAGGGGAACAACAUCACGUGCCAGUGUUCGCAUUUGACAUUUUUUGCUAUUUUGUUGGCUCCUCCUAAUGUGACCAUAUCUAGUUCUGACCUGAAGAACCUCACCAUGAUCACCCAGGUCGGCUGUGGCUUUUCCUUGUUCUUCCUCUCCAUAGUCCUCUUCAUGCACUCUCUUCUGAGGAGGACCAAUGCCAGCAUAUCCACAAGGAUUCUCAUCUACCUGAUUGUAGCCUUGUACCUGCUGAAUUUGUCGUUCCUCAUCAACAACUUUGUGGCCAAAGGGGGGAACGCGCUGGGAUGUAAGAUCAUGGCGGCUGCCAUGCACUACUCCAUGUUGGCCACGUUCACUUGGUUUGCUGUGCAGGCGUUCCACCUCUGCCUGCAGCUGCACGUCGGAGGCAAGGUUGUAAUCCCUCACUACAUACUCAAGGUCUCCAUCAUCAGCUGGG